AUGACUGACGCUACUGCUACUGCUCCAGGCGUAAAAAUCAACGCUUCGACCAUCGCUGAACCCUUCAGCUCCGCUGUGCACGAAUACAUUAAGAAUGAUAUGGGUGGUGUAGGUCCCAAGCUCUUGGGUCUGCUCGCUCACGGUGACCCUGCCGCCAAAAAGUACGCUGAGUGGACGGGUAAGGCCUGUGCACGCGACGGGAUCCGUUACGAGCUGCGUGAAGUGCCCAAGGACGAACUUCUUGAGGCUUUGGAAAAUGCCAAUCAUGAUCCAGAUGUGCAUGGUAUUCUGGUGUAUUACCCGUGUUUCGGUCCCUUUCCGAGCUUCUUUGGCGGCACCAUGGACGACUUUCUGCGUGACAGCAUCAGCAUCAAGAAAGAUGUGGAAGGAUUGUGCCAAUUCUACCGAGGUAAUCUGUACCGCAACAUUCGAUACGUAGACGAUGAGAAAACGCAAAAGUGCGUGCUGCCUUGCACGCCUUUGGCUAUUGUCAAGAUUUUGGAGCAUAUUGGCAUCUACGACAAGUCGAGACCUAGUGGCAACCACUUGGAGGGUAUCAACGUCACAAUAAUUAACCGCAGUGACAUCGUGGGACGUCCGCUGGCUGCUAUGCUUGCCAACGAUGGUGCCGACGUGUAUAGCGCCGACAUUGACUCACUCUAUCUUUUCCGUCGCGGCAAACUCAUUCCUAGCGAGGAGACGCAGGAGACGGCGUGUAAGAAGUCCCAUGUUAUUAUUACUGGCGUACCGGUGAAGAGCUACAAACUGCCGCUUGAGUGGGUGAAUGAGGACACGGUGGUCAUCAACGUCGCGUCGUUCAAGAAUGUUGACGAGGCUGAGUUGCUAAAGAUCAAGGGCGUAAAGUACGUGCCUCUUGUAGGCAAGGUCACGGUGGCCAUGCUGGAACGCAAUUUGCUGCGUCUGUACGAGAACUUUCACUGGAAACCCAAAAAGGUCUGGCAAUAA